AUGCUGAGACAUCGCCCAGCAGCGCCCUUGACAAGAAACUUUGAAAAUGGGCCAUGGGUUAUCGGGGUGAUCACCGAUCUCGAUAAAGAGAGUUGCAGAUAUCAAGAGAAGCACAAUUCACCUAUCAAAGAAACAUCAUGCGCGAAGGCGAACACUUGGGUGAGCUAUUUAAAGCGUGGCAUCUUCUCGCUUGAGUUUCCAUCAGCGAAAAUUGGGAAUGCAGGCCCAGAGGGCUCUAGUGUAGAAUGGCUUGACGAAAUUGAGCUCAGCGCACAUGGGAAUUUUGAAAGGGGCAGAGACGGCUUCCACCCGAGCGGUGGUAGAGGUAUGGAGUUGAGCGAGCUUGAGUGGUUCAACGGGCACUUGUUGACGCCCGAUGAUCGCACUGGAACUUUAUUUGAAAUAGUAUCGCCGAGAGGGCUUUUGGAGAUAAAUGCAGAGCAUGAGUUUGACGGCGAUGCAUCGAAGGUCGUGCCUUCAACGUUUCAGAGGGCGAAGUUGCUUGACGGGUCUGGAAAUAACUCACAAGCAUUCUUCAAGUCUGAGUGGAUGGUUGUGAAAGAUGAUAGAAUGAUUGUGGGUGGACAUGGGCGUAGUUUUACAGAUCCCAACGACGGGACACGAAUCAAAAACAACAAUCCCAAAUGGGUAAAGAUCAUUGACAAGAACUUUCAAGUCUCGCAUGAGGAUUGGUCAGGACGUUUCGACCGAGUUGCGGCCGUGGCAGGCGUUACAUUUCCUGGUUACCUGAUGCAUGAGGCUGUGCUUUGGUCAGAGGCAAGACGAGAGUGGGUGUUCCUGCCAAGAAGAAUAAGCAAGGAACCUUUCGAUGCGGCAAAGAAUGAAAUGAAGGGUGGAAAAACUGUGAUUAUCGCGUCCGAAGACUUUGAGACGAUCACAGCAAUUGAUGUCAAGGGACUUCAGGAUCCGUCCGGUUUGCGAGGCUUUUCGAGUGCAAAAUUUGUUCCCGGAACAGGUGAUAGCGUAAUUUUGGCCCUGCGAACAAUAGAAAUCGAAAACAGUGCCGCUUCAGGAAAGCCGCGCCAGACGGCAACAUUGCUUUCUGCUUUCGAAAUCCCUUCUGGAAGGCUGCUUGUUCGCGAACAAAGUUUCACUUCUAAGAAAUUUGAAGGGUUAGUAUUUCUGUAGACAUGUUUGUCCCACUAACAACCUUUAUCCUAAACUAAGUAAAGUGAUA